AUGGAGGAGAGCCUGGGGGUCCAGCCUUUGGGGCCAGGCCCCAUCCUGCACCUUGGGGGCUCCAGCCCCCCAAAACUAAAUCUCUACAGCGUCCCUUCAGCUUUCAGCCUCCCCAGCCCCAGAACCCAGAGAAAGCACUGGCCCCUGGACAGAACUGUUCGCGGCAAGGGCUGCAUGCAUGUUGGCCACGCGGCAGGAGGAGCCUUCGGUGGCAACUCUCAGUCUCAGCGGCACCUGGGUCCACAGCUCGGGCCCCAGCGGACGCCAGGCGUCCCCGGGGAGGGCGCAGCUGGCCUGGCAGAGCCUGGACACCUGGGGCCCGCGCCUCCUUCCACACUGUGGUGUCGCCUUCCCCGCCGGCUCGGCCCCACUGGCAAGAUCGAGGGCUUCAGCAACGUCCGCGAGCUCUACGCCAAGAUCGCCGAGGCCUUCGGGAUAGCGCCCACCGAGAUCUUAUUCUGUACCCUCAACAGCCACAAGGUGGACAUGCAGAAGCUGCUGGGGGGGCAGAUAGGGCUGGAGGACUUCAUCUUCGCCCAUGUGCGCGGCGAGACCAAAGAGGUAGAGGUCACCAAGACAGAGGACGCGCUGGGGCUGACCAUCACAGACAACGGCGCCGGCUACGCCUUCAUCAAGAGGAUCAAGGAAGGCAGCAUCAUCAAUCGCAUCGAGACCGUGAGCGUGGGGGACAGCAUCGAGGCCAUCAAUGACCACUCCAUCGUCGGCUGCCGCCACUACGAGGUGGCCAAGAUGCUCCGGGAGCUGCCAAAGUCCCAGCCCUUCACCUUGCGCCUGGUUCAGCCCAAGAGAGCCUUUGAUAUGAUUGGCCAGCGGAGCCGGGGCAGCAAGUGUCCCGUGGAAGCCAAAGUGACCACCGGGAGAGAGACCCUGAGGCUGCGUUCUGGAGGUGCCGCCACUGUGGAGGAAGUGCCCGGCGAGUUUGAGGAGGAGGCGUCCCAGAAGGUGGACGACCUGCUGGAGAGCUACAUGGGCAUCCGAGACCCCGAGCUGGCAUCCACCAUGGUGGAGACGUCCAAGAAGACAGCCAGCGUCCAGGAGUUCGCGCGUUGUUUAGACUCCGUCUUAGGAGAGUUUGCCUUCCCGGACGAGUUUGUGGUGGAGGUGUGGGCCGCCAUCGGCGAAGCCAGGGAGGCCUGUGGCUAGUGUGCUCGGGUAGCCAGCGGAGCCCCAGCCCGGAGUCUGGCCCCCCACCCCAGCCCUGCUCCAGUACCCGGCCCCAGC